AUGCUUCUCUUCAGCUUCCUUGUUCUCGUGUAUGCAACCCUUGCGGCUGCCACGAGCUGCAAAGUCCGGGGACAAGUCAACAACUAUUUUGACUGCUUCAGGUGUCCUGCGCUCGCAUGCGGAUACAAGGUGAGAACGUUCAUCACCCCUGGACUCAAACGAGACGUCAGUUGCCUGUGGACCGAUGGCGAGAAUUACCGGGGCAUCAAUGACUGGUACUAUGUCCCCAACGACAAGUGCUACAUCUGGGGCGGAAGAAUCGACGCGAAGAAUUGCAAGCUUUCCAAACUUCCCAAAUGUGAGCCCUGCACACCUAUCAUCGGCCAACCUAUCGCUGUUCCUACAGAUCUGCCUCCGCCAGCAGCAGCAGCAGCACCCGCUGCCGCUCCCGGUGGAAGUGGUCCGGGAGGUCGCCGGGAGUUUGUUGCCUAG